AGAAACAUCACUGGAACUUCUGUUGAGAGAUUGAGUUUGAGCCUUACUGAUUUUUUCUCUGGUGAGACUACUCCCGAUGCUGUCAAAUUCAAAAUUAAAGGUGGUUCCAAGUCUGUUGGUCAACCUGGCUUGAUGGGUGCUUCUUCAUCAUCUGCUCAUGAGAAUGUCUCCCGAGUUGAGUUUGAGGAACUUAAAAAGAGUCUAUCUGUUGUUGUCAGCCAGUAAGGGAUACUUAUGAAAUCUGUUGCUGAGAUGAACAAGAAGUUGGACAUUCUUAUUGAGGUGUUUUUUUAAUUGUCUUUACUUUUUUCUGUUAUUUUUUUAGUAGUGUUUUUAUGUUGUUUUAUACAGUAAAUUAAUUUUUUAAGUUUUUUUUGUUCUCAGUCAUCCCAAGGUGGUCUUACUCACAAUGGAUCUCAGUCUGAAGAUGCUCUUCGUUCUUCAGAAAAUGAGGAUGAUGAAGAUUCCACUUCAGAGGAAGAUGAGGAUGAUAAAAUCGACGAUGACAAAGGAGAUGAACAUCAUGACGAUGAAACUGAUGAUGAUGAUGAUGAUCUUGGUGGAGCUGGUAUUGGUGCUGGUCAGGAUGAGGCUCACACGGGGGAUGUUCGUAAUGAUGAGGGUGUUGCUGUCCCCGAGGUUGUUUCGAGGGAUGAUGAUACCGACAAGGUGGAUGAUGCCAAGAAUUCUGACCCUGUGGAACCUGUUGCAGAGAUCAAACAGGUGUAUUUCUUGUUUGGCCAUCAUUUUUUUUGUGCCCUUUGUGUGGAUUUUGUGUUUUGUGUUUGUUUUAAUAGUUUUUUAAUGUUGUUUUUGUUGUCAGCCUGAACAGUCUCAAGGUGGGGAGGAGAACAUUGAUGUUGAUGCAACAAUUGCAUCUGCUGUUAAAGCUGUGGAGAAUUUGGUUUGUAUUUCUCUUUUUUUUUUCUUUGUAAUUUGUGUUUAUAUGGUAUUCUAUUGUUGUUUUAAUAGUGUUUUGAUUGUACUUUUUGAAAUAAAAAAUAAGUCUUCUUUUUUUCCUUUUUCUUUUUUAGAUUGGCUCCUCAACUCAUGUCCCUGCUUCUGUUGAGACUUCUGAGAAGACUGAUCUUGAAAUGGUUGUUUUUCAAGAGACUCCUAUUUUACGUCCUCAAAAGAGGGAUCAGAAGAAAGGAGCUGUUUUGAAAUCUCCAUUCAUUGAGCUUGCUUCUGGUGCAUCUAAAUCAGGUUCAUCCUCAGUUUUUCCUGAUGAUUCUGUUUAUAAGGUCGUUAAAUAUGUGCGUGGUUUGUGCCCGUUGGACAACAAGAUUGGUGAACCUGUCGAUCCGCAAUUGGAAGCUGAGUUUGUCACGUGGGUUGAUACAGGUCUUAGAAAGCAUAAAUCUAACACAACAACUAAUGUGUAUUGUAAGGGUAAGGACACAAUAUUUCUGCCAUUUCGUUUUGGUGUUGAGGACAUUAGCAACAAGAUGUGGUUUCACAACCUUGCCUACCCUAAUUGUUUCCUUACCAAUUCUCACAUUGACAUUAUUUUCUAUUAUCUUCGUAAGAAAAUAAUGUACUCAGCCGAGCCGAAAAUCAAAGUCACCACAACUGAUUGCCUUUUUUGUUCUAGCAUAACAAGUUUGUAUGAGAAGUUUGUUGAGAAAAACAACGAUAUAUCGGUGUUGUCUCUUUCUCACAAUGUGGCACAGUACAUCCAAGGUGGUAAGAUAUUAUGUGCCACUCCUUGGCAUUUGGUUGAUCAUGUUGUUAUGCCUAUCAAUGUAAAAUUACAGGAUCAUUGGAUUUGUGGUCGUCUAAACAUAGCUGAGCGGCGGAUAUAUCUGUACAAUUCAUUGCGUUCUGGAAGGUAUAUGACAGCUGCCAAAGAGGCUUGCAAGCCUUUUUCUGUUAUUUUACCAUAUUACUUCUCUAUGUUAGACUUCAAAGGCCUUCGCAAUGAAGCUAAGUUUAGCACGAUGGAACCGUUCCCUAUUGUUGCUGUUGAUGGUUUACCCGAGCAGGUCACAGCUGAUUGUGGUGUUUUUGUAGCAUCAUUUGCUGAGUAUUUCAUUGAUGGCAAACCCAUCCCAUCCUCUGGUUUUGAUGUGGAAAUUCACCGCGAUCGUUUGGCUGUGUUAUUUUAUCAAUAUGGCAUGAAGAAGCAACUUGAGAACAUUGAAAGUGAAUCCGAGGCCCCUCCCAGCCUUCCCAAGAAGUGAUUUGUUUUUUCAAUCAGACUGUCAUUGUUCUUAUGGUUUUUUAAUGUUGUUUUUAUGUUUUUUUAUGUUGUUUUCGAAAACAAACAUUGGUGUUCUGUUAUGUUUUCUUACGUUUUGUGUGGACAAUAUGUAAUCUUUAUUUUUGUAUGUUUUUUUUUCUUCUUCUUAUGUACAAACAAGUUGUUAUGUUAAAUUUGUUAGUAUUUUCAUUUCACAUCCCUUCUUUUUAUGUUUUUUUUUCUUAUAGUUUCUCUGUUUUUUUGAAUACAAAUAUUCAUUUCAUUAUUAAAAACACAAACUGUUUCAAUAAUAAACU